AUGGCUUCCACACCUACUGCCGGCGUUGACCUCACUGAGAGUCAGCAAGGCAAGACGCGGGGUAUUCUCAUCCCCUUUGCGGCCUUGGCUGUAAUGGCGUUAGUCUUGCGGUUCUGGUCUCGGGGUCUGAUGAAGAUGCGAUUUGGGCUAGACGAUUACCUAUGUGUCGUCGGCUUGAUUUUCACGCUUGGAUGCUUUGCUCUAUCUAUGAUCAUGGUUCAGCUGGGUUCUGGACUGCAUGUUGAGAUCGUACCCCUCGAAAACGUUCCAAAGUACCUCCAGUGCCUCUACUCUUACCAAUUGAUCUACGCCACGUCUAUCCUGUUCAUCAAGACAUCGAUUCUCGCCUACUACAAACGGAUAUUCUCUGUGCGACAGUUCCGAGUAGCCGUAUAUGUUAUCGGAGCAGUGGUCUUUGCGUGGUGGAUUGCGGUGGUGUUGAUCUCCAUUUUCUCCUGCAAGCCUAUCCAUGGAUUUUGGGAUAAGGCUAUCAACCCCAAGUGCGUCAGCACAAAGAGGUUCUACAUUGGAAAUGCGGUCCCCAACAUCGUAACCGAUGUCCUUAUCCUUGCCAUGCCCAUUCGAAUGGUCUGGGCUUUGCAGACCACCAGGCCGCAGAAGGUCUCGUUGUCAUUCAUUUUCUUGUUGGGAUCAUUCGUCGUCAUAUGUAGCUGCGUCCGGCUCUACGAGCAAUUCAGGGUCGACGAACCUGAUUUCACCUGGGCUAUGAACGGCACCGUGAUCUGGACCUCCCUUGAGGUCUCUCUCGGAGUUAUAUCGGCCUGCCUACCGACCAUGCGCCCUCUUUUGCGAUGGGCCCUCCACAAGCUCAACCUCUCCGCCGGCGCCACCAGUGCCUCAGCGGUCUCGGAAUCCUACCGGGCUUACGGACCCAAGCGAGGUUUCGAAACCCUUCCUUCUGGUGGCCACCGGUAUCUGCCAAGCCUCGAAACGGGCGUGUCCUGCGAGACCGGCGAGACGGAUCGAAAUGAGAUUCCGUUAGGAAAGAUAUGGGUAAAGAACGACGUUCAAGUGGGGAGUCAGCCUGUGGGGCGAUCCAUAACCGAUCCCUGA